UCUUUGGGUUUGGAUACUAGGAGGUGGAGCUGUCCGCUUGGUAGCGUCGUAGUUUAAAAAAAAAAAAAAAAAAAACGAACGAAAAGGCUUUAUUCAAGAACUGCGUAAGAACCGACAUAACAUAAAACUGGUGCUUCAGCAGGGGGGACGCUGAAUUUACUGUUUCGUUUUUAUUUAUCUCAUUUUAUUUUUAUUUUAAUAAAAAUCCUGUCCCCCUCACCCCUAUCCUUUUUGUUUGUCCCAUAUAUUUCGUUUGUGACAUCUCCAGUUUUGGGAGCAGUGAGGGGUCUUCAUGGCUGUUCGAAGAGGCCACAUCAGGUACUUGAAAGAGGUGUAUGACAUGUCUAACGGCUACGAGGAGCACAUGGGAGGAGGAGACGAGGCAAAAGAUGCCAAGACCAACCUCAUAGUCAACUACCUUCCCCAGAGCAUGAGUCAGGACGAGCUGCGAAAUCUCUUCAGCAGCAUCGGGGAGGUGGAGUCUGCCAAGCUCAUACGGGACAAAGUGGCAGGUACGGAACACCAUGUCCCAGAGUCCUCUACAGGCCACAGUUUAGGGUACGGAUUUGUUAACUAUCUUACCCCUAGUGAUGCAGAAAGAGCUAUCAAUACUCUGAAUGGACUAAGGCUACAGUCUAAAACUAUCAAGGUGUCAUAUGCGCGGCCGAGUUCUGACACCAUUAAAGAUGCCAACCUGUACAUCAGUGGCCUGCCCAAGAACAUGACCCAGAAAGAUGUGGAGGACAUGUUUGCUCGCUACGGACGCAUCAUCAACUCCCGCGUCCUGGUUGACCAAGCCUCUGGCCUGUCUCGGGGGGUGGCGUUCAUCCGCUUUGACAAGCGAGCUGAGGCAGAGGACGCGAUCAAGGACCUGAACGGACAAAAGCCCCCUGGGGCCUCUGAGCCAAUCACAGUCAAGUUUGCUGCCAGCCCCAACCAGGCCAAGAACACACAGCUCAUAUCUCAACUCUACCACAACCAGGGACGGCGUUUCGGAGGGCCUGUUCACCACCAGGCUCAGAGAUUUAGGUUUUCUCCCAUGUCUGUGGACCACAUGAGUGGCAUGUCUGGGGUGAGCGUGCCUGGGAACUCCACCUCGGGCUGGUGCAUCUUCAUCUACAACCUGGGCCAGGACGCCGACGAGGGCAUCCUCUGGCAGAUGUUUGGCCCUUUCGGAGCAGUCACCAACGUCAAGGUCAUCCGAGACUUCAACACCAACAAGUGCAAGGGCUUUGGGUUUGUUACCAUGACUAACUACGAGGAAGCCGCCAUGGCGAUCGCCAGCCUUAACGGUUAUCGCCUUGGAGACAAGAUCCUGCAGGUGUCAUUCAAGACCAGCAAAGGCCACAAGUAGAGCUAGGUGAAUUGAGCGAGGAGAGGACCCCUUGGCUUGUUGUUCAGAGGGUAGAGGAGUAAAUCUGCGCAGUUGGUCAAAAAUAAACUAGUUUUAGGGUUAUCUUGCUCUCCGAGCCCAUUCUCACCUUAUCUUCCCGCUAGUCUGAGUUGAUCUAUCUCUUUUUUUUAUUUUUUAUUCAUGCUUUGGGAUGCUCCAACAUAGUUAAAUGCUUUUUUGGGGGCCUGUAUCCCCGUAUAUGUUGACCAACUUCACAUUUUAAGAGCUGCUCCCCCCCCCCCCCCCCCUAAAUUCUUCUGUGAGACUAGAGUAUUGUCACUAUGUGCCAUAUGAAUGGUAGAACCAUGGAGAAGGAUGCACUACAUUCACACAUCUAGUCUGCACCGUAAGAGAAAGCAUGCUGUCUUAGACUCUGGUUCCCGUGUAGAAAUAGAUGCCUUAAGUUACCCAUUCACUGUCUCUCCAGCCAUUCUAAAAGAACAAGCACUUUUUUUUUUAAAUCCUUAUUUUAUAUCUUGUCAGAGCGAAAGUCAGACGCUUUGAUGUAAACUGUGGAUUGGUCUUCUCUCACCUUGCAGAAUCAGAGUUUCAUACGCAGCGAGUUGUUAGGUACGGGACAGUAACUUUACAUUGCAGUGUGUGUUGUGAGUGUGUUUACUUUUAGGGAAUGUCUUUUAAAAGUUGUCUCUCAGAGGCUGUGUAGAACGGUCUUGAGAUUAUGAGUAGGUUUAAGAAGGACCAAAGAAAUGAAAUGAUAUUAUCUAACUCCCCUGGGGCUUGUAUUCAUGUCCUGAUCUGGGAUUAGUUGGGCCUACUAUAUCAUAAGUGUUAUAUGGACAUGGAUGUGCUGAUCCUAGAUCAGGAUUCUGCUCUCUGAGAAGCUUUUGGUAUAAAUAUGGGCAUAGACUUACCGUUAUGAGAUAUUGUCCCCCCGCCAGUAAAUGUUUGGACGUCUGAACAGCUGCUAUUGAGGCUGUUCAGGAGCAAUGCUUUUCUCUCAUCCAACUUUACUUUUGCAACUUUGUUUUCUUAAAUUUUUCACUUUUCUCAAAAAUUAUGGUUUUCUUGAUUUUUCUUUCUAGAGAAACUAUUUUACAUUGAAGUUUAGAUUACCGAUAUUCAGUCAAAAGCGUUUUUAUUGCUUCUCCUGAGAUAAAGGAGACUGCAUAUAAAGGAGACUGCGUGGUCUUUGUGGUAACUUCUUGUUGGUUUUGAGUUUUGUUGCUUUAAAUUUUCUUCCUUUGUUUUGAUUGUUUUACUUUGAAUAUGCAAUCAUUAAAUUUUAUUUCGUUUUGACUCAAAGUUUUGUUUUUGGUUUUUUUUCCUUUUAUUUCUUCACAUUUGAUUUGGGCCUUGGUUUGUGGAUUUGACUGAAAGCUGAGAAAAGCCCCACACACCAGACAGUAAAUGGGAUAGUACCAGCUACCACAGUAUGACCACGCACCCCACUCUGACUUUUAAAUGCUAUAGCGGGACAUUGAGAUGGUCUGAGUGGCUCGUGGUUGUCAUGUCCAGUAUAAAACACCUCAGAGGUGAACAUUGUUUUAAUUCUGUUACGUGUGGAACACGGCAUUUAGUUUCUAAAUCAUAUUCCUACAUUUGCAAGCUAAGGAGUAAUGCUAGCAAUCUGUGUGUUAUAGUAACAUACUGAAAUUAGUUACUGUUGAUAACAUACAAAAUAGUCCUGAUACUGCAUCCUGGUCAGACACCUUCAGAUAGCUCUGUCAUUUAGUGAUGCAUGCUAACUCAAAGGUUUGUUUAAAAACCAUCAAAUCUAAAUGCAUACUGAAGUGAAGAGUUUUUAGACUUAACGGAGCGGUAACAGCAUCUUUAACCAGGAUGUGACCGGUUUUAAUAUGAAGACCAUAAACCUACAACCGUUUUGUGAAUGGUUUGCACUUUUAUCAAGCUUGUUGGCCUUCUGUCUGUAGGCUUUACAGUGGGAUACUGUAGUCUGUGGUCAAAGAAUAGCUGACAAAAUCGUAACGCAUGGUAUCAUCGGGUCCUAGACCUGACUCGAUAGUUUCCUUAUGAUUCAGACCUCAGGUCAGUUUUUACCCACGUACAUACACACACACACACACUCCUAAACAGAACUCGGCCUUGAUUAGACUUAAUAUUGUUUUCAACUCUGUCCUCCCCAAACUCUGUGAAGCCUUACUAUUUCCUGCGUGUGGAUGUUUAUGUCCCACAAAUACCAAUAGGCCUCGCUAUUGGGGGUGGGGGGGUAACGAAAUAUCUCAAUGCUUCUCAAAGCACGUUCUUAACCAGUGCAAUUUGUGUGUUUAAAAUGUUGAACAAGAAGCGGUACAAGAGGAAUUGGUUUGCUUGCUUCACCUUCACCCCCCCAUCCUUUUGAUAUGAUUUGUUUUCUAUUGAGUUCUACUAAUUUGCCUUUGCUUUGUUAUAUUCUCCUUUCAGAGUACUAGUGCAUUGAAGAUGCUAGCAGGCUUACUGGAAUAACUGUAGAUUAUGAUUAACCUCUGUUUUUAGCCUUAAUUUAUGUGGGGGGAGAUGGGAGAACGUGGCAACAGCAGAGGUGGCACAAAACCAAUUUAUUUCACUUGUUGUAAGUGGUUUUACAUGUUUGUAAAUUAUUCGUGUUGGAGUGUGUUCCGUUUUUUUAUUGACUUAAUUUAGAUUUCCUCUGUUUUUAAGGCUGUGCAGAACCUGUCUAACAAUUAAUUUGAAUAAAAUAUCUGAAAGCUUUAUAAAGCUGGAAAGGAUUGUGA